GGGAAGGCUUCAGUACAGCCCCAACACACACUCACUGGAGUUUCUGUAUUAACUAAAUCUACCUGCAGUAUAAUCCUGCUUGCAGCAUCGCCAGACAGACGGACACAGGGACAGAUCAACUGUAUCAUCCCACUCCGUUUACAGCAGCACCUUGAACAGGCUUCCGCAAGGCAGCCCCGCUCAGAGAGGGAGACCCCGGGACACUCCGAGGGACCCAGCAGGUGUGGAGACGCUGCCCAUGGCUGACAAGAGCUUCAUUGAGAAACCCGAGUCCUUCCCGCAGCAGGAGGAGGCUUUGGAGUGGGGCUACGAGGAAGGAGUCGAAUGGGGGUUGAUCUUUCCUGAUGCUAAUGGAGAAUACCAGUCUCCUAUUAACUUGAAUUCAAGAGAAGCCAAAUAUGACCCCUCACUACUAGAAGUGCAUUUAUCACCAAACUAUGUUGUUUGCCGUGACUGCGAAGUAAUUAAUGAUGGGCAUUCCAUUCAAAUUGUCCUUAAGUCAAAAUCAGUGUUAGUUGGUGGGCCAUUACCUCGGGGACAUGAAUUUGAGCUACAUGAUGUUCAGUUUCACUGGGGGAGAGAAAACCAGCGUGGCUCUGAACACACUGUUAAUUUUAAAGCUUUUCCCAUGGAGCUCCAUCUAAUCCACUGGAACUCUACACGGUACAGCAGUAUUGACGAGGCAGUGGGGAAGAAGCACGGGAUAGCUGUCAUUGCUCUGUUUGUGCAGAUAGGAAAGGAACAUUUAGGCCUAAAGGCCGUAACUGAAAUUCUCCAGGACAUCCAGUACAAGGGGAAGUCCAAAACAAUACCCUGUUUUAAUCCCAACUCUUUAUUACCAGAUCCUCUUCUACGUGACUAUUGGGUAUAUGAGGGCUCCCUUACCAUCCCACCUUGCAGUGAAAGUGUUACCUGGAUAUUAUUUCGAUAUCCAUUGACUGUAUCCCAACUGCAGAUAGAAGAGUUUCGAAGACUGAGGACGCACGUUAAAGGUGCAGAACUUUUAGAAGGCUGUGAUGGGAUAUUAGGAGAUAACUUUAGACCAACUCAGCCACUUAGCGACAGAGUCAUCAGGGCUGCAUUCCAGUAGCAGAAGAAAAAACAAUGAAAACAAAGUUUUAUUCAGGACUUCAGUCACCAAUGAGUCGUUUUAGUGUUACAGAGCUCCACUCCAUGAGACUGAUAAAGAUGGAAGAAAAUGAUCCCAUCUCAAAGGAGGAUUGUUUCAUUUGGAUCUCCUCUGUUCUCUGUUAAAAUGUUACUUUUUUACUCCAAAUGCUGCACGUUUAGUUAGGCACAGCCAAUGCAUGCAGAAGAGGAUGCUGAAUAUUUGGCCUUUUCAUGGCUAAUGUUAAUCUGUUGUUCCAUUAAUCAGAGUAGUUAUGAUUGUUUCUUGUCUCAGUAAUGUUUUUAGCUUCCACUGGCUUGAAGAACAAGAAGUAAAAGAUGACUUUGGGUCCCAUGCAUAGGUGCAAAUACACAUUUGAACCUUCACUACCCACACAUCAGUUAAUCAAAACUCCCACAGUCUAUUUCCCCUGAUCUUACAUUUAAAAAUCCCUCAAUAUUCCAGCAUAAUUCACCAACCCUCAUUACAUUUAGAUAAUCAGUGUAAUACACAGCAGCCUAGUGAUGGGAUAUACUAACAAUGAAUAAAAGAGAACUUACUAUGCAGACAAUAGGAUCAGCCCCAACUUGGUAACCAACAUUAUUAUUUAACAGCCAUCCAACAUUGUCAAGAAAAUGGACCAUUCCAGAUGCACAAGCUACUCACUUGCUCUCUGUAAUGACUGAUGAUGCAAAAUAAGUAGACAUAUCUCCACAGCUACAAUGAUCAAUACACUCCCCCCAAAACAUACAUUUCAGGAUCCAUGGGUCUUACACAUACCUGUCACAAUAAUGUGAUGUACCUCAUCCAGUGGGUGAAAUGAGACAAUCACAAUUUUUCUUGAAUGAACUCACACAGAAAAAUGAUAAAAGACAAAAACACCAUAUCACCCAUGGCCAAACACUUUUCACAAAGUGAUCACUCCAUCUCUGACCUCUCAGGCCACAAAGGAAACCCGAACAACACUUUCAAAAGGUGAGUCUGGGAGCUUAAAUUCAUAACUUUGCUAGACACUAAAAAUCAUGGACUCAGUAAAGACAUCAGGUUUAUGGCUCAUUACAACAAUCGGUAACCCACUAACCCUCCUUUGUUCUAUGACUGCUGAGGUAUUAACUGCCCACUUCACCUUGAAUGGUCUCUAGCAACUUGUCUUAACUCCUUAUGCUUAACAAUUUGUAUUUACCUGUGACACUCUGAGUACCUUUCCCAUACUUGAAGCAGAGCUCUGUGUAAACU